AUGGCGGGCGACCCGGCGGCGUUCCUCAUGCAGGCCCUGGGCCCCUUCCUGCAGCCCUCGAGUGGCGCGGUGCGGGACCAGGUCCGCAGCCUGGUGUCGAAGACCAUCCAGGUCACCGAGGCGAGGGCGCGGGCCGGCGCCGAGGCCGAGCGGUCGCGGGCGCUGGACAGCCUGCGCGCCGCGGAGAUGGAGCUGCAGGCUAUGCAGAUGGAGCUCCAGGAGCCACCGAGCGCAACCGCGCGGAGCUGGCGGCGCUGCUGGAGGCGACCAUCCGAAGGAGGAAGCCGCCCAGGGGGGCGCUGCGCAGCUGGAGCGUAG